UCAACGGUCGGCUAUCGCGCUGUGCCCGGGGGAGAGCAGAGAGGCAUCCUUCCUGGAGGCGGGACGAGUGCCACAGUGUCAAGCUCUCAAGUUUGCUUCGUGUGUGUGGCAGUCACCAUGUGUCCACGGGCCACGGCCGGCGUUCACCGCAGUCUUAAGGUCACAACGGCUCGUGUAGGAGAUGAGUGCGUGUCUAUUUUGAUCCCGAGGUAAGAUGAAUCCCCCGCGCGUGCUGGGAGUGCCACACGGACAGCAGCGGAGUCAGGAGAGUGCCUAGCAGAGCCACCCUUCAUUCCCUUCCCCUCUCCCUCCCCCCUCUAAGAGCAUCGCCUUGCGACGUCCGUUGUGUAGUGUGGAGGCGUCGCAGGUGCCUACAUGUGCAGGUUUUAUCGCCACCUUAACUGACUGACUAACCCAUCUGCUCGGUGGCAGGCCUCGGUGAUAAGACAAACGAGCGCGUCCUCGUGACGGGGUGUUGUGAGUGGCGUUAUCACUGAUAUGCAGGGUUGUGGUGGACGCCAGAGGAUACUUGCUCGCGGGGUAGUGUGACUCCAGCUGCCAACACAGGCAGUUGUCCUUCCUGUGGGCACCCACGUUACUCCUCGCUCAGCUGCCAUGCCAGCCUUGCUCUCUCGGUGAGAGGGGUUUUGAACACAGGUUAUGUUACCCGAGAAAUGACGUGGAACAAGAAGGGAAGAUGCUGUGGUACUGUGGUGGAGUGAUGUGUGCUCGACUGUGCCUUACCUCCAAGUGAUAGAUAUAUUUACAUGUGUGAAUUAUAAGAGAAGCAUUUCAAGUGUUUAUUGAAUGUAGGAGUGGCGCACAAAGUGACGAGUGUGAAGUGUUGAGUGAGGAUGUUAUCCACGAAACAAGGCCGUUAGGGCGGGCCCCCCCAGAGGUCAGGCAGCUCCCCCUUUUGCAAGACCUUUCCUGCUUAACCUGUGGAAAGACUUUCCCUGUUUGGAGCCGGUGUACUGGGAGGCUAAGAAUGGAGGCGCAAUACACCGAAGAUGCUCUGGAGGCGGAGGUGCGCUCCCCUCAGUCUCCCUCCUUCGCCUUCUUCAGGGACCAAGGCAACACCCCAAAGCUGAAGACGUUCAUCAUGUCACGUAUGAGUAAAGAGCACACAGCAGAGUUUCCGCUACAGUCACCGGCCAUCAGCAAGCCGAUGCCGGCCCUAGAGCCUUUGGACUACAGUGCCAGGGAGGGCAGACAAGACUCAGCCUCACCUAACUCCAAGUUACAUCCCAAGAAGCGGCCGAGACUAAGUGAUAGUUACGACACUGACCAUCAGACCGUCAUUGAGGCUAAAGACUUGCCGGCCAGCCCUCCAGACACACCAGUAUCCAUAUUCAAGUUCGAUGACAGCGAUGAUCUCUACGAUAGACUUGUGCGUCCUACCACUACGUCGACUUCCCCGCCAGCGUAUGGCUUGGGAUAUCUAUUAAAUAAUUUCUCUCCUGGUCCCCCCAGCAGCGUCAGUCUAGACAGUCCGAAGGCCCCGUCAGCCUUCAUGGCAGUCUCUUCGUCUCGUUUCGCGCACGAGGACGCUGCCUUGCCUUCAGGAGCGACCUUGACCAAGAGGAAGAGAAGCAGGUCCCCGGAGGAGACGAUGGUUAACGAGAGGCUCAGAGCAACCAGACCCUACUCGCACACUCUCGCCUCCGCUCUCGACCUAACAAAGGCUCACAUUAAGCCCGAGCUUACUGAAAUAAAACGCGAACUUAUUCCAAUUAAGCCCGAGCUUGCUGCGGCGUACGCGCGCUUACACCCACCGCAGAGAGGCACUUCGAUGUGUGGGAAUAGCGCUUACACCCACCUGCGCGUGGCUGAUGUUACUGGAGCAGUCUCCCAGUCUCCUCUAGCUCACUACCCUACUCACCCGGAAGCGUGGCGCGCCACUCCCUCCAUCCUGGAGGGGUAG